UCGAACGAGUGGUCGGGGGCUUGAUGAAAAAGCGAGCACAUGCAGUCUGGCACCGGUAACCUGAGGGAAUGACACACCAGCUCUAAUUCCUGAUGGUUUUUUUCUCCUCCUACCGCUGAGAGGGAAUAAAAGGAAUCUCAAGAGGACUUUUUUUUUUUACACUUGGAUGCUGCCGGGGAGAGACGUCCUGCCACUGAGAAAACAAGUUCAAGAAAGUCCAAGGAGUUUCAGCUGUACUAAUAAAACUUAAGAAGAUGCUGAAAGUGGACUUAUUAGUUUUAAGUUUCUGCCUUGGUCUGGGGACAGGAUACAGUGCUGCAGGUAAGAGAGAGUAUCAGAUCCAGAACGGGCCGUGCAGCUACACCUUUCUGCUGCCCGAGCAGGAAAACUGCCAAACUCAGAGCAGCAACUACAACCACCCGGUUCAAAAGGAUGGACCGGCGGACAGCGGCGAGUCGGCUCAGCGGCUGGAACAGCUGGAGAUGACCAUGGAGAACAACACACAGUGGCUGCUCAAGCUGGAGAACUACAUACAGGACAGCAUGAAGCAGGACAUGGCCCAACUCCAACAGACGGCUGUACACAAUCACACAGCGACCAUGAUUGAAAUUGGAACCAACCUGCUGAGUCAAACCGCAGAGCAAACAAGGAAGCUGACCAACGUGGAGGCACAGGUAAUUCAUCACACAACUCGACUUGAGCGUAGACUUCUGGAGAACUCAUUGUCAACCAACAAGUUGGAAAAACAACUAAUCGUCCAAACAAAUGAAAUCAACAAGCUGAGUGACAAAAACAGCUUCCUGGAGAAAAAGGUGGGGGACAUGGAGGAGCAGAGGCAGGUGGAGCUGAAGAUGCUUCGACAAGAGAAGGAGCAGCUUCAGACUCUCUUACUGAAGCAGACAGCCAUCAUCGGCGAGCUGGAGCAGCAGCUGCUCAAAGUCUCCUCCAACAACUCAGUGCUGCAGCAUCAGCAGCAGGAGCUCCUAGACACUGUGAACAACCUGAUUCAAUCGAUCUCCAUGAGCUCAGCUCGAGAGACAAAGACGGUCAUGAUGCAGGACACUCCAAGAACAUUUAUGGACUGUGCUGCCGUCUUCAAGUCAGGGAACAGCCAGAGCGGAGUCUACACGCUGACAUUACCCAACACGACUACAGAGGCUUUCUGUGACAUGGAGACAGAGGGAGGAGGCUGGACAGUGCUACAAAAGCGCUUUGAUGGCCGUGUUGACUUUCACCGUACGUGGCAAGAGUACAAAAAGGGUUUUGGAGAGCCGUCAGAUGAAUUCUGGUUGGGAAAUGAAUUUGUGUCUAGACUGACAAAGCAACAGUCCUACACACUCAGGAUCCAGCUAACUGACUGGGAGGGAAACUCUGGAUUUUCACAAUAUGACCUGUUUUCUCUUGACAGUGAGGCACAGAACUACAGGAUACACCUUAAAGGCUUCAGUGGAACCGCAGGCAAAAUAAGCAGCAUUGGGCAGCCGGGAAGUGAUUUCAGUACAAAGGAUGCAGACAACGACAAAUGUGUGUGCAAAUGUUCACAACUGACAACAGGGGGUUGGUGGUUUGAUGCCUGCGGCCCGUCCAAUUUGAACGGGAUGUAUUACCAACAAGGCCAGAACUCAAAUCGCUUCAAUGGAAUCAAAUGGUACUACUGGAAAGGCUCGGGCUACUCCCUGAAGUCCACCACCAUGAUGAUCAGACCGGCAGACUUCUCGGGUUGACUUCUCGAAAUGUAACUCAAAUUCUGCCCGACAAACAGCAACUGUCAACUAGACCAAAAUUUAAAAAAAUAACUCUCAAGGGAGCCAAAGCACUUAAUGAUGGUAUGUUUUUACAAACCUUUGGAAGAAGAUAUGGUGCAUGUUUGUGGUUUUAGGAUGCUGCAAAAAUCGUAAAUUAUGGACCAUUACAAAAAUAUUUCGACUGAAAUUUCUACCUAAGACUGAGAAGUGAAUAGAUAAGUAUCAGUUUAGCAGUUAUACUGAGUAAAAACUAAGGCUGGGAAUCUUUGGGUGUCUCACGAUUAGAUUGAGAAUCUAUUUUCAAUUCAAACGAUUCUGGAUUCAUGAU